UCUCGUUUGUCGAUAAAUAAUUCCAUGACUUCCGGUCUGAAACAUUAGCUGGAACCCAUUAACUAUCACUAAUAUAGAACAGACGAUCUUUCACUCAUAUGAAUCAAACUCCCAUCAUUUUGAUAUCCAGCUGAUUUGCACUGAUCAAACACAUGGAUUCAAUCGCCUCUGAAUUCGCAGCCUCUUCCUCUUCAACUACGACUCAUCAGUCAUGGUCUUACGAUGUCUUUCUGAGUUUCCGAGGUGAUGAUACACGCAACAACUUCGUAGGCCAUUUACACAGCAAUCUCGUCCGAAAGGGAUUCAAAACCUUCUUGGACGAUGAUGGACUCAGAAGAGGAGCGGAUAUAUCAUCCGAGCUGUACAAAGCAAUUGAAGAGUCCAAAGUUUCAAUCGUUGUAUUCUCUGAAAACUAUGCUUUCUCCAAGUGGUGCUUGGAUGAACUCGUUGCCAUUCUCCGGUGUAAAGAGUCAAAGCAGCAAACGGUGUACCCUAUCUUUUAUAAGGUGGAUCCAUCCGAUGUACGGUACCAAACUGGUAGUUUUGGCAAGGCACUGGCUCGUCAUCAAUGCAAAUUCAAAGAUCGGAUGGAGAAAGUUGUGAGAUGGAGGGAAGCUCUUACAAAAGCUGCAAAUCUUUCUGGGCUGCAUUUCUCGGACGGUAAUGAAUCUAAAUUCAUUGAUGCAAUCCUGGAAGAAGUAUCUGGAAAACUAUUGAACCGUACAUAUUUAAAUGUGGCAAAGUACCCGGUUGGAAUAGAAUCUCGUGUAGAAGAUGUGCUUAAAUUUGUAAGUGUUGGGGGAAAUGGUGUUCGUAUGGUAGGAAUAUGGGGAGUUGGAGGAAUAGGCAAAACUACACUUGCUAAAGCAGUUUAUAAUUCAGUUUCUUAUCAAUUCGAAGGUAGUUGCUUCUUGGCGAAUGUAAGAGAAGAGUCGAUGAAAUCUGGAGGCUUUGUCCAUCUACAAAAGGUUAUCUUUACUGAGAUUCUUGGGUGGAAUACUUAUCAUUCUAGUGUUGAUCGAGGAAUUGAAAUGAUAAAACAAUACAUGACCGAUGAAAGAGUCCUGUUAAUUCUUGAUGACGUGAAUCAUUUGAGCCAAUUAAACAAUUUAGUUGGAAAUCCUACUUGGUUUGGUUCAGGCAGUAGAAUAAUCAUAACAACAAGAGAUAAACAUUGCUUAACUGGUUUUGAUGUCAAUGAAAUAUACAAGGUGGAGAAGUUAAGUCAUCAUGAAGCAUUAGAACUAUUCAACUUUAAUGCCUUCCAAGAUCAUAGACACAGGGAAGAUUAUGUUGAACUUGUCAAGAAUGUCCUACAUUAUGCUCAAGGACUUCCUCUAGCUUUAGAAGUUUUGGCUGCAAACCUACGUGGUAGGGAUGCAAAUCAAUGGAAAUAUGCAUUGGACAGUUAUAGGAGUCUUCCCAAGCAAGAGAUUCAAGAAGUUCUGAAAACAAGUUAUCACGCACUAGAGCAUUCGAUGAAAGAAGUUUUUCUUCACAUUGCUUGUUUCUUCAAAGGCAAAAGCAAGGACUAUGUAACAGAUGUACUAAAAGCCUGCGACCUCAACCCUGAGUAUGCCAUUGAUUUACUUGAGGAAAAGGCUCUCAUUGUCGUUACUGAAGCAGAUGGAAUUCAAAUGCAUGACCUGCUUGAAGAAAUGGGUCGAGACAUAGUUUUCCAAGAGUCACCAAAUGAGCCUGGUCAACGUAGCAGAUUGUGGCGGUUUGAAGACGUGUAUGAUGUUUUUGUGAAUAACACAGGAUCAAAUAAAGUUCAAAGCAUUGUGGUUAAUAGCUGGAAUGAGAGUGAAGGAAAGAUAUGCUUGAGUAGUAAAAGCUUCUCAACAUUGAAGAAUCUUCAAGUCUUCAUAAUAUGUGGCAAUAUAUUCACCGGACAUCAUGUGAAUGAUCUGUCCAACGAAUUGAGGGUCCUUGAUUGGUCCUAUUGUCCAUUAUGGGCUUUUCCAUCUAAUUUUAAUCCCAAGAAACUAGUACUACUCAAUAUGCCUUCCAGCCAAACGUCACCUCUAGGAGAGGUUACUAAGAUUCUAUAUCAACUGAAAUUUCCAUGGAGCAGCAAGUCCCUUCCUUCAAAGAUUCCAUUUCAACUGAAAUUGCCUUGGAGCAGUAAAUCACCAUUGGGGAUCGGAGUAGAGAUUAUGCAAAGUUUGAAAUCUAUUGAUUUAUCAUAUUGUUAUGGUCUAAUAAGGCUGGCCGAGUUCUCUAGAUUCCCAAAUUUAGUGGAUUUGAAUCUAAGUGGCUGUAAAAAGUUGGUUAAAGUUGAUCCUUCUAUUGGAUAUUUAAAGAAUAUUGUUAAUUUGAACCUUGGGUCCUGUGAGAAACUUCAGAAGUUCGAGGUUCUGGAAGAAAUGAAAUCCUUAAUAAGUCUGGAUUUACAGGGGACUGCCAUUAGAGAAAUAUCUUCAUCAAUUCGAUGUCUUGUUGGUCUUCAAAAGUUGACUUUGCGCGAAUGCGCAAAACUCACAAACGUAUCGAGCAGCAUUUUUGAGUUGCAACAUCUGCAGCAUCUUGAUCUGUUCUGGUGUGACAGCCUAGUUACAUUUCCAACCAAAUCAGGAUCCUCACCUAGUUUACAGGGCAAGUACUAUGUUCCUCUAUCCAUUUCUCUGGACAGUUGCACGUCUCUCGAAGAAAUUUUGGACUUUCCACGAGAAAUAGAUUAUGUGAAUUUAAGGUGCUGUCGUGCAUUGAAAAUAUUUCCAGAUCUGUCCAAGUUUUUGGAAGGUAAAGAGUCAAAGAGGAUCCGUCGUAUGAACUUGUAUGACUGCAAAGUACUGUGUAACAAUCUUGCUCAGAUGAAGAAUGAUAAUUCACAGGAUGAUUCAGUGGAAACGGCUCUAUUGUCUUUCUUUCUCUCAUGUCAUCAGCAAUCUGAAAUCGAGGUUUUAUAUCCUGCCAAAAGUGGAGUUCCAGACUGGUUCUCCUGGCGAGCCGAAAGUGGAGGGGUUCCCUGGGAUGACGAUUUCAAUGUGGAAGAAGUACGGCCAGUAUACAAGUUACACUUUAAAUUUUGUGAAAAUGUCAAUUGGGAGAACAAAGGAUUGGCUUUUUGUGCUCAUAGUUAUUGUGCAUUUAAGGGGCCAUAUAUCAAAUUCUGCGCUAUCUACAUUAAUGGCGUAUGCAUUGCGAAACCAUCAGAGAAGGCAGAAGGGCAUCCGUGGAGGUUGUCAGAAGAUCAUCUGUGGUUGUACUAUAUUCCAUUCCAUACAAUUAUAAGACGGCUCGGUGAGAGUGGUUUGCCUCCACCUUCCACCUGUCUGGUCAAGUUUGAGUUCGAAGUUACUGGGUACGGGAGAGGAACUUUCGGGGUUCACAUAGUAAUGCCUGCGGACGAGGAUGGCGUAACUAUCCAUCAAGUUGAUAAUGCAGACUGCACCUCUGAAGGUGAUGAUGGACUGAUGGCGUAAUCUUGUUUUACUCUUCAGCAUGCAGGAGCAUCUUCCCGAUCCACCAAAUUGAUACAAUCCGAUGUUCUGUUGGUCGUUUUAAAGAGAUUUGGAAAACUUGAGGUUGAGGGCUAAAGAUAUUUCUGAAAACAGGCGGAAUACGUAUCUGCAAGCAUGAUUGAAGGUUGGAGAACAUGUGCUUGAAUUUGUGAAGCUGAAGUGCACACAGCAACAAUCGAAUCUCAGCAUCGUAGCAUUCACUAAUAAGGGCAAUGAAGACUCCAAUCUUUUCAAACAUCAUUGGAUUGACUUGAUUGAUUUCUGGGUGGGUGGUCAUCCUUCAAUUAUGAAUGCCAAAUCUGGCCUCUGGAAGACCUUUGAGGUUUUGAGAUAUUGCAAAUUUGCAAUUGUAGACACUGCUACAUCUCUGGCUUUCCACUUCUCAAAAUCUUGCCAUUGUCUUGUGCGGAAGCUUUGCUCAUUGUAAUACUCUCCUACAAAAUGUUUAGGGGACAAUACAUUCGGUUUGUAAUCUAUUGUCGUGGUCAUCAAAGGUUGUAUUCUACGUAACCUCUUUAUAACCAAUGCUUGUAAAUUGACAAUUUGUGAGUAGUUGUGGAGUAGUGUUGAGUCCUAGUCCCACUUCUGACUUGGACUCGAGUUCAUCAAAGGUCAAAGCUGAAGCUUACAUGA